AUGGAUCUGGUAACGUUCUUGGUACUCACUCUCUCUUCUCUCAUUCUCCUCUCACUAUGGAGACAGAGCCCUCAGAGAGGGAGCCUCCCUCCUGGCCCCAAUCCUCUGCCAAUUAUUGGCAAUUUACUCCAGAUAGAUGUGAAGAAAUUCAGCCAAUCCUUAUCCAAUUUCUCAAAAACCUAUGGCCCUGUGUUCACUCUGUAUUUGGGCUCAAAGCCCACUGUCAUAUUGUAUGGGUAUGAAGCGGUGAAGGAAGCUCUGAUUGAUCAUGGGGAGGAGUUUGCUGGUAGAGGAAGCUUUCCAAUCGCUGAAAAAAUUAUUAAAGGUCUUGGAGUUGUUUUUAGCAAUGGAAACAGAUGGAAAGAGACAAGAAGAUUCACACUCAUGACUCUGAGGAAUUUGGGCAUGGGGAAAAGAAAUAUUGAGGACCGUGUUCAAGAGGAAGCACAGUGCCUUGUGGAGGAACUGAGGAAAACCAAAGGCUCACCCUGUGACCCCACCUUCAUCUUGAGCUGUGCUCCAUGCAAUGUUAUCUGCUCCAUUAUUUUCCAGAAUCGUUUUGAUUAUAAGGAUAAGGAUUUUCUUAUACUCAUGGGAAAAAUAAAUGAGAACGUCAAGAUUUUGAGCUCCCCAUGGUUACAGGUCUGCAACAGUUUUCCUUCACUUAUUGACUAUUGCCCUGGAAGUCAUCAAAAAAUAAUAAAAAAUGUUAAGUAUAUAAAAAGUUAUGUGGUGGAGAAAAUAAAAGAACACCAGGAAUCAUUGGAUGUUACAAACCCUCGUGACUUUAUUGACUAUUACCUGAUUAAACAAAAACAGGCAAACCACAUCGAACAAUCAGAGUUUUCACUUGAAAAUCUUGCAAGCACUAUCAAUGAUCUCUUUGGAGCAGGGACAGAGACAACAAGCACAACACUGAGAUAUGCUCUACUGCUCCUGUUGAGGUACCCACAUGUCACAGCUAAAGUCCAGGAAGAGAUUGAAAGUGUGAUUGGCAGACACCGCAGCCCCUGCAUGCAGGACAGGAGCCACAUGCCCUACACUGAUGCCAUGAUCCAUGAGGUCCAGAGAUUUAUUGACCUCAUCCCCAACAGCCUGCCACAUGCAGUGACCUGUGACAUUAAAUUCAGGAACUAUCUCAUCCCCAAGGGAACAACAGUAGUAACAUCACUGUCAUCAGUGCUACAUGACAGCAAGGAGUUCCCUAACCCAGAGAUGUUUGACCCUGGACACUUUCUAGAUGGCAAUGGAAACUUUAAGAAAAGUGACUACUUCAUGCCUUUCUCAACAGGAAAACGGAUUUGUGCUGGAGAGGGCCUGGCCCGCAUGGAGCUCUUUCUAUUCCUGACAACCAUUUUACAGAACUUUAAACUGAAAUCUCUGGUUCACCCAAAAGACAUUGAUACAACCCCAGUGAUGAAUGGAUUUGCCUCUCUGCCACCCCCUUACCAGCUCUGCUUCAUUCCUCUCUAAAGACAUCAGACUUUCUUGCCCCUGCUGUGUUGCCUUCUGCAAUCCCCUUCAGGACUUAACCACUUCCAUCCCUAUCAGGGAUAAGGUAGCCUUCAUCCUGGCUCACAGAACCCUCUUCUCCCAAGAGCCAGCG